AUCCAUUUCACACAAUCUUCCCUUUAUCUUCCCUCUUAGUUUGAACCAGGUCCUCUGUGGGGAAAGACACCAAGUGUAGUGGCUCAAGCCUCGAGACUUGGUGCUUGCUUUCUCUUCGUAAGUCCCGGCGCUUCCCUUUCUACAUUUUUCCUUUAAUUUCCAGCGCUGCCAGACACGACCAGCAAACCAACUCUAUCGUCAAUGAGCUUAAAGCUGGCCAACGAAGCAAAUGUCGUUGCAAGUCCCGCCGUGGAAGGUCUUUGGCGACAAGAGGACAACGACCGGCAGUCACAACGGUGGCGAACAGCACUUUUGAAUCCAGACUCGUGGGCCUACAUUCCAGAUGACACCGACAACAACGACUAUCCUCAUCGAAUACCGCCUCACAACUACCUCGUUUCCCAUUCAUCAGUCAGAGAAUUAGGUUCAUCGACCGACGACGACGCUCCAAACCAGUCCCGUGACGACCUGCAGCUGAAUCCAUGCCUCGCAGGCGUUCGAAUCGUCGAGAGUGCCAUCGAGCCCUACGAAAACGCUGUUGGCUUUCACCACACCGUAUUUCCAAAGAUCGAAAACUCGGAUUUCGGUUUGCCGCCGCCUUUGAACCUAACGACUCCAGAGGAAGAGGUCAUCGACAACAACAAGGACUGGUCGGAAUCGUUGAAAGAAUUCAUCAGUGCAAUUAGAGAAAUAUCUCUUGCCGCAGACAACGAAGGGUCGCUUUCGACGUCGUUCACAGAGUCAGAGCCCUCCUCAGGUUCUGAUAAUUCGACCGAGUUCUUCGCCAUGCCUCUGACGCCUGUUCUCAAAGACGGAUGUCUUGCCGACAUCUUUGUCAAGACUGUGUCCCCAAACAGCAGUAUAACAAGUGUCGACGAGGUCCUGUUCAACACACCUGCUCCAAGCAAGACUCUCAACGCCCAUGCUUCCUCUUUUGUCCCUUCAUUCUCUCCGCCGGCGCAUACUGGAACGUUCCCAUAUCCUUCUAUCAAUGAUUCGCUCAAACAGAAGGCCAGCCGCAACGCCGCUUCCAAACCGCGGGAACCUGAGUCCAAAGCAACAUUGCCCAGCCUCUCCAGCUUCACUUUCCCAACCCUGCUCACACCGAACAAAUCCACCACUCGUCUUACCACUGUCAAGAUCAAGAAAGACGAACAAGGGUUUUUCACGGACGUCCAGGUGGACAACCCAGUCAAGUCGGACCACACCGCGGAAUCAUUACUCCUUCCUCCCUUCCUCCAAGAACCUGCUCCACGUCGCCGAGCCCGUGUCUCCAAGACCCGGGAAAUCGUCGAUCGCUUGCGCUCCAGCCAAUUAGAAGCGCCUACCGUCUUGGACGAUGGGGAGGUGAAGAAACCCACGUUGGAUUUCUCCUUCGAUCUAUUGCCAAAAUCGUUCAGUCACAGUCCGAGCCCUACGAUCCAAGAUGGGCCAGCUAAUUGUGUUCGACCUCGGUCCAGUGUAUCUGACGAUGGAGCUAACCGUGGCAGGCAGACAACAUCGUCGACCCCAUCACAGGAAGACGAUGAUGAAGGCUGGAUUGACGCCUCGAAUGCCCACCCUGCAGCUGAGAAUAAUGCCGUCUCCAAGGUGAAGCGGGCUAGGGACCUCUUUUUGGCGUUUACGAGAAGGAGGACCGACUCGACGUCUUCAGAACCGGUAAAAGAUGCGGCCCCGACGUCCUCAGAACAACAGCGAAAGUCCAUAUCCGGUUCGCUCGACGGUCGUCAAAAUGGAGAGGAAGCGCCGACUAAAUCGGUUCAAGGCCAAGCCGGGUCGAACCAUAAACAUCGUAUCUCUUCCAGUAGAGAUGGCUGGAUAGAGGGUGUGGCAACGUCUACAAGCACGGCGGGAAGCAGAGGGCACACAGGUUCUGGCCAGCCCAGCAAGCCAAACCCUGUGUCAACGUCUUCCAACUCCAAACCGUCGCACCGCAAGAAGUCCUCGCAGCAGCACAGGCAGGGUUCAAUCUCGUCCAUGAGUUUAAGCCCUACCCGGCCGGCAUUCACGACCCUCUCGAACCCACCGUACCUAAACGUUCCGCUGAUGACCCCGGCCUCAGCGCAUAUCGGUCUCAUGCCCGCGACAGCACCAGCUCCGUUCUUCUUCAACCCGACGGCGCCUGCGUAUCAUCCUUCGAUGCCUGUUGCAUUUGCUGGGCCCACUGGGUACAUGCCUGCUUCUUCGCCGUUUGGUAUGUCGCAUACGCCGUACAUGACGGCCCCUGUGCAUGGCACGCAUGCUGUUCCUAUGGUGCCGCAACAUCAUCGGAAAGGGUCGUCAUUGUCUGCUUGGUGA